AUGGCAUCCGCACCUACUUCGCAUUUUUCGCAUCUUCCUGUCGUUCCACUAGAUUCGAUAUAUGCCAUCAAGCAAGCCUAUGCAGCCGACAAGCACAAUCGCAAAGUCAUCCUAGGAUCAGGAGUGUACAGAGAUGAUCACGGUGAUCCUUGGGUUCUUCCUGUCGUGCGAGAGGCUGAGCGCAUGCUGGAAGCCACAAACGAUGCCAGCCGCUAUGAAUACCUUCCCAUAACAGGAUCCGCACCUUUCCAUGAUGCAGCUCGGGAUCUGGUAUUUGGGUCGCUGGGAAGUGACGUUGAAAGAGUAGUGUCCAUCCACACAAUCGCAGGCACAGGGGCGAACAGCCUUGGUGCUCGGUUUCUGAAAGACACCUUGAAUCCUAACUCAGUGUGGCUUCCAGAUCCUACGUGGGUCAAUCAUCACAAUAUCUGGAGUUCGGCUGGCGUCCAAGUGAGGUAUUAUCCGUACUGGGACGUAUCAAGCAAGUCUUUGACAUUCGGAGACAUGAAGCGCAUGUUGGAGACGCACGCUAGGCCGAAGGACGUCGUCGUCCUGCAUGCUUGCGCCCAUAAUCCAACUGGAGUCGACCCUACCAGGGGACAAUGGAAAGCCAUUGCAGACGUAUGCGAACGGAAAGGCCUGUUCCAUUCUUCGACUGUGCCUAGUAAAUGCGUACCACCAUUGGGCUGGGAAGCCAUUUCACGGCUAGGGACUAAUGAAAGUGACAGUCUUGGGUUCGCCACGGGUGACCUCGACGCCGAUGCUUGGUCGAUUCGGCACUUCCAGUCUCGAGGGACUCUUGAAUUGGCUGUAGCGCAAUCUUUCUCGAAGAAUAUGGGUCUCUACGGCGAGCGAGUCGGCGCGUUGCAUUUGUGGAUGGCAUCGAAGGAUGCAGCGGAUAAAGCUCGAGGCCACUUGACUCGAUUGCAGAGAGGUGUAGUCUCGACACCACCGAAAAGAGGAGCAAGGAUAGCUACUCUCAUCAUGCUCACUCCGACUUUGCUUGAAAAGUGGAAGAUCGAUCUGCAAGUUAUGAGCUCUCGAAUCAAGAUGAUGCGGCAGGCGCUUCAUGAUGAAUUGGUGCUUCGGGCUGCGCCUGGUGAUUGGAAGCACAUCAUCUCGCAGACUGGCAUGUUUUCGUACACCGGGCUGACUCCAGAGCAAGUGGAAAAGAUGCAGGCCGAGAGCCAUGUAUACAUGCAUGAGUCUGGAAGGAUGUCCGUGGCAGGCUUGACAACUGCGAAUGUGCAAUAUGUGGCGGCUGCUGUACACGCCGCUAUUGCAGUCGACGCUCCCACAGGUGGAAACAAGAGUCCAUCAGCAAAGUAG